UUUCUUCUUGUCCGUGAAUUCAAUUUGAGUAGUGUGAUUGACAUGGUCCUAUUCAAAUAAAACAUACCGCGAAGAGCGUGCACACUUUUUUCAAGCCGUGCACGGGAGGCGUGGAGCUCGCGCUUCUGACAUUCUCUCCCGCAGUAGAGCUCUUCUCCUGCGAGCCUUAAUGACAUCAGCCAGGUACCGCGUCUGAAGAGAAGUGUUUUGUUUUUGUUUUUUUUAGUUGAAGAACGAUGUUUUAACACGGCUGGACGUGUACGAGCAGAUCUUUUUAAUUGGAGCAUAUAAAGCCGACCAUGCCUUGCCAAAUUCCGUGGGAAUAGUUUGUUUUGAAAACAGUGGAGUUCACCAACAUCGCCAAAAGGCCAAUUCCCAACGAAUGCAACUUCGAGUUAUUGUUUGUUCUGUCUCUGGUCUUGACAUGGAAUAGCUCGGAAGGGGGAAGCCAGGGGGAAACGGCGUUCCUUGACUCGGUUCCUCGCUUAUGGACGACAGUAGUCCGCUUUCUCCAAAGGCAAAUGCUUUCAGUAUUGCCUCUCUGAUUUCAGCGAGGGAGCAAGCAGGAAACGCAACAUUCGAAAAACACGGCAUUGGCCUGGACAAGCAAGUGGCGCAAAACUGCUCCGGAUCCUUUAAAAUGCACUACAGCACUGUCACGCGGGAGAUGGAAGCAAUAUCAAGCCCGUGGCUGACGCAGCUGUCCCAUUUUUGCGAUGUUGCAGCCUUCACGACCAGCAGCCUGAGCAGUCUCAAUACGCCCGGGAGUUACCAUCUCUCUCCUUCCCCUGGGGAUCCGUACAGUCAUCACGAAAGCCAGUUCGAGCCGUGCCCUGCAGUCCAGCACGGCUACACCUAUUCCGGAUCCAACCCAGCACAGGCCCCGACGCAGGGAGACACCGCGACAUCCAACUGCUCCUCGUCGUCGUCAAGCUCAACGCCGAAUAAAACGCUGGUGAAAAAGAACCCUAAAGUGGCCAAUAUUAAUGUACAGUUGGAAAUGAAGGCACUCUGGGACGAAUUUAAUCAACUUGGAACUGAAAUGAUCGUCACAAAAGCUGGGAGGCGAAUGUUUCCUACGUUUCAAGUCAAAAUAUUUGGAAUGGAUCCAAUGGCAGAUUACAUGCUCCUGAUGGAUUUCUUACCAGUGGAUGAUAAACGAUACAGGUAUGCCUUCCACAGUUCAUCGUGGCUGGUGGCUGGGAAAGCGGAUCCAGCGACUCCAGGCAGAGUGCACUACCACCCCGACUCACCUGCCAAAGGAGCACAGUGGAUGAAACAGAUAGUUUCCUUCGACAAACUAAAACUUACCAACAAUCUGCUGGACGACAAUGGACACAUAAUCCUGAAUUCAAUGCACAGAUACCAACCCAGAUUCCACGUGGUCUACGUAGAUCCUCGGAAAGACAGUGAGAAAUACGCCGAGGAAAAUUACAAGACAUUUGUUUUCGAGGAGACCAGAUUCACCGCCGUUACCGCAUAUCAAAAUCACAGGAUAACACAACUGAAAAUCGCCAGCAAUCCGUUUGCCAAAGGUUUCAGGGACUGCGAUCCUGAGGACUGGCCCCGGAAUCACAGGCCGGGCUCUUUGCAAAUCAUGAGUGCGUUUGCUCGAACCAGGAACCCCAUGUCCUCUCCCCAACAGCAGAACGGCACAGAGAAAGACAGUAGACGAGAAUAUGACCGUGACCCCAGCGGCACUACCCUUCAUUCUGACCCGGCUCACCAGCUGAUGUCCCGAGUUCUCAGCCCUGCUCUUCCCGUCCUCGGUGGCCUACACGCCGUGCCCCUCUCAGCUGGCCCACGCAGCCCACCCCACGAACUGCGCCUUGACGGACACCCCCAACCGCCUGACACCCUGCACCACCAUCCAUACAAAUACCCCACCACCUAUGAACAUUAUCUGGGAGCCAAAACCAGGCCUUCUCCAUAUCCCUCACCAAGCAUUAGAAGCCACGGUUACCACCCCCAUAUGAACCCCACCACAGCCAACAUGUACUCUGCAACAAGCGCACCGACUAAUUAUGACUAUGGACCCAGAUAAUGACAGAACUGCCACUCACUCAGGUUUCCUCAAAAUAUACAGAAAAAAAACACAUACCUUUGUGUUCCAGACUCACGAAACAUGAGUUUUGGGUUGGGCACAUCUUUUGACGUGGCUACUGCAGACGGAAAGUUAAACAGCCAUAUUUAUUAAAGGGAGAAAUAUCCUUGUGGAACGUAAGGAUGAGCUCUGUGGACUCAACAUUAGCUCUGGUUUGCCUGGGAUCUGAGAAUCAGAAACAUACCAGAGCAACAGUAAACCUGGAAACUGCAGUAUAAGUGUUAAAAUAACAAGGAGCAAAAGACUUCUUUAGACAAAUAAUGCAUUAUAACAGACUGGAACUGAACUUUUUUGUGUGUGUUGAAUGCACUUUUUGUUUUUGCUUUUAAAAAGCCAUAAAUUAUAUAUUAUCCUUGAGCCAUUGAGCUUCUAGAUAGAUGGAAUAUCUGCAUGUUGCGCUGUUUUCAAGGUGCUAAAAUGCCCUGAAUUUUUUUUUUCCUGGUUGAGAAUGAGUCGUUUUUGAAAAUGCAAAACCACCUUUAGCAGGUCCGUGAAGCUUGUAACGUGGCACUGACUUAUAGCAAUUCAAAUGAAAACAUAACAGAAUGACUGUGCUGAACUUGUAAAAUAAACAUUAAAUAUUUUACCUUUGAACA